CGGUGUUGGAAGGAGGGGCCAUGAAACCGGCGCAUGCGUGUUGUACUCAAUCCGGUUAGCAUGGAUUUUUGCUCGGCUCGUCUGGCUAUUUUGAGUGUGCUGAAAGGUGUGCGGGCGGGGGAUCUACCGCGCCUCUUGCAUUGGAUGAAAACGACCAGUGACUUUAAUGAAUUCUCAUCCAAUAAUGACGAUGUUGUACUCAGAAAUAUUGCUGAAGAUCUUCGACAUAGUUUGCCCACUGAAGCAAUGUUUGUCUCUGAGCACUUUGCCAUUCAAAAACUAAAUCAGCAAACAAAGCCCACAGUUCAUAUUGAUGCAUUCCUUUAUGAUGAUGAUUGUAUUGAUGCUUUGUGUGAAGAAGGGAAGAUGAGCAGAAACUAUUGUCUAGCUUGCGGCUCACAUCGGACAGCACCAUUAGAGUUCAUUUCCCAUUCCUUUUCCCUCAUGGAACUGAAGUUUCUCUAUCAGCAUGUACUGCCUGAUCUGACAGGAAAGGUUGUGGUUGACGUUGGCUCCAGACUUGGUGCAGUGCUGUUUGGGGGCUAUUUUUAUAGUUCAGCAUCUCAGAUCUAUGGCAUUGAAAUGAAUGCAGACUUUUGCCAGUUGCAGGAAGUUGUCAUUAAAAAAUACCAUCUUGAUGACAGAAUAAAGGUGCUUAAAGCAGACAUUUGUACUCAGGCUUCAGUUCUUCAUAAUGCUGACGUUAUUGUAAUGAAUAAUGUCUUUGAAUAUUUCCUUGACAGAUCAGAACAGGCCAGAUCCUGGGAAUUCAUCAGUCAAAAUGUAAGGAAGAAGGGGUCCUUAUUGGUGACAGUCCCAAGUCUUGAGAAAUCUCUUUCAUACCUUCAGGUGGAUAUUCAGCUCAACCAGUGGGUAGAAGCAAUACCUCUGGACUAUGACAUAUUCUUGGAAGAAGAUGCUGAUAGAGAAGCACUUGAACAAAUUUCCUUGUAUAAGAUUAUCUAGCAUAAAUACUUACUGAUAUUCAGACUAUGUAGAAUGGUGGCUUGUAUAACAUUCUACAAUUCUUCAGUGAAUACUAUGUAAAGGAAACGACGAUUCUGUCAGAGAUUUAAAAAAACACGUGACAAGCCAUAGACAUUAUACAUAUUCUUGGCUAUGUAAAUGAAAGGAGUUAGAAAAGAAUUAUAGACUGUUCAUGCUUUACGAACAAAAAUUGCUGUAUGGAUGGCACAACUUUACCUUACCACAUUCUAAAAUGUUUUUCUCCUUUGGACUAGAAUUCUUUUCAUAUUUCCUAUUUAAAUGGCUGCAUAUGACAAAAAUAAAAAAAAUAUUCUUCCUGUGGAACAUGAAAAUUUCCCUGCA